AUGACCACACUCUCGAUGUUCACUCAAGAUACCGAUGUAUCAGCCCUGUGGAGCUUGGAUGUGCUGGGUAUCAUGGACCCUGUUCAGAAACAAACGAAAGCUGCUCAUGAAAAAGAAGUUCUCGAUGGUUUUUUGGAGACAACGAAGCUGAAUUCAGCUGGUCGGUAUGAAGUGGUGCUCCCCUGGAAGGUGAAUCAUCCUCCUCUGGUGGACAAUCGACCUAGUGCUGAACACAGACUCAAGAAGACCAUCAACACCCUCAAGUCUCUCAAUUUGUUAGACGAUUAUCAACAAGUGUUCGAUGACUGGAUGCAGGAGGGUUACAUUGAACAAGUUCCUGUAUGUGAAGUGCCACGUGUCAGCUAUUAUUUACCUCAUCGUCCGGUAGUAAAAGAGGGGAGUUCUACGAGAAUCAGAUCAGUGUUCGGUGCCUCAGCACAUGAAAAGGCUGGACCAUCUCUUAAUGACUGUCUGGAAACUGGACCCAAUUUCAUCGAGCUCAUCCCAAGCCUGUUGAUGAGAUUCCGCGAGAAAGAAGUGGCAGUCAUCGAAGAACGAGAUCAUUUGAGAUUCCUGUGGUACAGAGAUGCUGAUCCUGAGAAAGUAAUCGUAUACAGGCAUCAGCGAGUUGUUUUUGGGGUCUCAAACAGUCCGUUCAUUCUGGGGGCUACGUUGAACCUCCACAUUGACUCAGCACUCAGAGAUGCUCGAGCUGAGAGUGAGAAAUCUGUCCUGCGUAAACUAAAGAAGUCUUUUUACGUGGACAACUGCGUGAUCAGUAUUGACUCUCACGAAGAGGCUGGAGAGUUCCAGAGAAUAAGCUCAAGUGUGUUGGAGUCCGGUGGCUUUGAUCUACGAGCAUGGGAGUACUCAGGAUUGAAGAAGACAGAGCCAGAAUCGUCCGUGCUGGGCCUACGUUGGCAUCGAGAAGAGGACACUCUGUCACUGGUCAAUCCACUCGUACAGAAAGGCAAGCCAUCCAUCAUCACGAAGAGAACGAUGCUCUCACUUACUCAGCAGUUGUUUGACCCCCUCGGUAUGAUUUGUCCAGUUGUUAUUUGUCCUAAAAUCCUUCUUCAACAGGUUUGGGCUAAGGGUCUCGACUGGGAUGUCAGAGUCGAUGAUGAGGUUCGUGAUGCCUUUGUUCUCUGGAUGGACCAAUUGACUUGGCUGAAAGAAGUGAAGAUCCCACGCUGGCUAUUCAAAGCGGAGGAGGAAGCAUCCAGAAUUUCUCUCCAUGCAUUCGUAGAUGCAAGUAGCUUGGCUUACGCAGCUGUAAUUUUUGCCAGAGUAGAGAGCAACAACCGCGUUGAAGUCGAGUUCGUCAGUACAAAAGCAAGCAUUUCUCCUAAAGAAACCAUAAUACCUCGACUUGAAUUGCUGGCAGCAACGGUGGGAGCAAGGCUGAUGCACUCGGUGGUCUCUGCUGUUCCAGAUUUACAUUGUGAGUUGUAUUAUUGGACAGACUCCAGUACAGUACUAACCUGGAUACAAAGGAAUAAACAGUGGGCAACCUUUGUCUGGAAUCGUAUCCAGGAGAUUCGCCAAUUGACGGAUCCAGAGCAGUGGUCCCAUGUACCUGGAGUCUCCAAUCCAGCAGACUUGGCAUCGAGGGGCUGCACAGCUAAAUAA